UAUUUCUUUUUUUAGUUUCAGUACCAAACGUCACGCCAACUUCCCAUGUGAUGGAGAGGGUGAAAACAGUACUCCAUCCUCCCUCCCAUUAAAGCUCUUUUGCCACGUGUCGUGCUAAAUGGGGAUUAGCUGUCUAAAUCCUAUUCGUACUGAUCCCCAAAAAAAAGUUUUUAAAGGGAAAACAGUUAUGAUGAAGCAAACGCAUUUAAAGACGAAAUUAUCAGCCUAUAUAUAGUGGCCACAACUUCCUCCUGUUUUAAUCAAAAUACCUACUGAUUGUUUAAUUAGCAUUUGAUUAUCAGAAGAGAAAAUGGGAGACAACACUAUGACAUGCAUAGACAUUCUUCUGGCCAUUAUCUUGCCUCCCCUUGGUGUUUUCCUCAAAUUUAACUGCCAGGUGGAGUUCUGGAUCUGUGUUUUGCUGACUCUCUUUGGGUGGCUACCUGGUAUCAUUUAUGCUAUUUGGGUCCUCACCAAGUGAUCAUCAUAUGGUGGAUAUUUGAAGACCAUAUUAUUACUACUUCGCUAAUGGAGUAUCUAGCUACUUUUUCUAUUUAUUCUUGGCUUUUGGUUGUUUUCUCUUGUGGAUAGAUUGUUUGAUGAACGUAUAAUAUCAUGUCAUUUGGGAUUGUAAUGUAACUUCCAAUCUGUAUUUUAUUGGAUUAUUAUGUUGAUUGUGUUACAGCUGGUAUCAGGUUGUAACUUUAUUUUAUUAUAUCUAAUAUUAUAUAUAUGUUGAUACGUGUCAGAUUUUAUCCAAAAUCAACCUUAUGAU